UAGUUAGGAAGCAGUACAGCGACGUUAAGUUAGCUCAUUUAUCCGAUGAUUUAACCAUAUUUCGCCAACAAUGUCUAAAAGGACAGAAAAGGAGAAAAAGGGGAAAGCAAAUACUAAGGAAGAGACCUCGAAAAAUACAGGACCAACUCCAAAUGAAAAAUUGCCUGUUGAGAUCUUUGAUGAAUAUCAGUGCUCGGGCAAUGUGGAGAUUGACUUUGCUGGACUUUGUGCUCUUCUGGACAUAAAGGAUAUCCCCGCUGUCAUCACCAAGCAACCAGCCUCCUCCACUUCUGAAACUGAAGGAGAGCAUACAGGUCAUGGCCAGUCACAGACAAAUGCUGCGCCUUCCUGGUGGUCAAAGCGAUGCCUCCAAGUAGAGCUGGAGAAUGAAGACCCCCUCAGCGCCAAGCACCUGAAGAUUUUCGGAUGGAAGGUAGAUGAACAGAUUGCCAGAGUGCUACACAAGAUGCUUCCCUCAUUGAACAAGCUACAGCACCUUCAGUUUUGGCAGGCGGGUCUGUCAGAUCGAAUGGUAAUCUCCCUCAUGAACACAAUAUCACUGUGCUCAAACCUCAGGACUGUGACACUGCAGGGCAACCCUCUUCCAGAGCAGAGCUACCACCUUCUUCUCUCUGAAGACAGUGUCCUCACUCACUUGUACCUGAAUAAUAACCGGAUAGGAGACGAGGGCGCUCGCCUAAUUGGGUUAGCUCUCUCUACAACCAGAUCUGCUAAUAAAAACCUGUUGGCACUCAAUCUGGCUUUUAAUUCUAUUGGCAAUGCAGGUGCUGCACAUAUUGCACAGGGCCUGCGGUUCAAUCAUUCUUUGCGCUUUCUCUCACUGUGCAACAAUCAGAUUGGAGACACGGGGGCUGCUCAUCUGGCUGCGAUACUUGGUGAGUUUGCUCUCACUCAUGAAGAAGUUGUGGAGAGGAGGAAGCUGCUUCUGAAAAGAACGCUCUCUGCUGAUGCUGACCAGCGUGCUGAUCAACUUCCCUUAGUAGCCAGCAGCAGUUCGCUGGGCAUCAGCAAAGGGGAGAUCAAAGACAAAAAACAGAAAGCACCCAAAAAGGACAAAGAUAACCCAGAGUCUAACAAGAAAAUCAACAGUGAAGACGGCCAGCAGGGGGGAAAAGAGAAGCAACUAUCUGCACAAGAGGAUAAAUCAAGUACUUCCUUGAAUGAGCAGGGACAGUCGGUGAAGAUAGUGAACCCCCUGCUGGACGAGCCGGUGCAGUACAGGGACGGUGAGCUUUUUCUGCCUGGAAACACGACUCUCGCCUCCCUCAACCUAGCAGGAAACAGGAUUACCGAGAAGUCACUGCCUCUUCUCUUGACGACAAUACAGGCGCAGGGUGAGGGUGGAACCUUGCUGCAUCUCUGUCUGCAGAGAAACCGCUUCCCUCCAGAGUGUGAGUGUUACGUAAAGAUAACAGAAGUGAUGGCACCCAGAUAUCCACUCAGAAAAAAACUCUGAGCAGAGAGGUUUCCUUGCUUUGCUGCAGUGAGGGGGUCGUAGCACAAAGACGGAAGUUUAUACAAAAAAAGACCAUGAAUUAUACUUUUUAUUUGUCUGUUGUCCCCAUCUGUAUGUAUGUCUGUACGUAUGUACAAAGCUGAGCAAGGUAAAUUAUAAAGGAUUUUUGGGGUUAGGGGGUUUUCCAUGCUUUACUACUGAUGUUAAUUGUUCAUAAAAUACAAGGAUUCUUUUUUAGAUACAAAUAUGUUCAUAUUUUUAGGUUCUUAAAGUUCCACUCUUGGUUUUAUUUAAGUGUAUAAACAUAUACUCCUAAAGAGUGUAUAGUCUCAUAAGUGGGAGUGUGAUAAUACAUUUUGUUAUUUGGAAUUGCCAUAAUAAACUUGGUGUGUGUAUCUUAAAGCCUUAAUAUUCUGUAUUAUUUCUUAUUUGCACUGAGCACAUUUACUCAGGUACUGUAUGAUGACAACUGUGAGGAAAUCCCUUGUUUGAUUUUUUCCAUUUUCUCAUCCUUGUUACUCCUACUGCACUAAGCUACAUUUCAGAUGCAAAUGUACUUUUUACUCAACUACAUUUUUAUGGUAACUUUGGUUACUAUGCAGAUUCAGAUUGAUAUACAAAGUAAAAUUAACAAAUAAGUUAUGAUGUAUUAUUACUGGUUAAAAUAGGGCUUCAUUAAUCCUGGGGGGAAUUCAAGCACCCAAAUUAGUUAAAAUAAGCUCCACCUUUACCAACUGCAACAUUAGAUUGUAAAAUAUAUUAAUGUGAAAGGGCCAUUUUACAUAAUGAGUACUUUUAUUUUUGAUACUUUAAGUAUAUUUUGAUGCUUAUGUACCUUUACUUCAGUAAAAUUUGAAUAAAGGACAUUUACAUGCGACAGAGUAUUUGUACACUGCCUUAUUAUUUGUGUAAAAAACAACAAAUAAACAAUAAAACAAACGAAAUCAGAGUACUUCUUCCACCCACCUCCCCACAUUGUCUACAGCUACGUUGGCCUCUACAAACUGCAGCGACAUGGCCAUAUUUCUGGCAUUUGAAACAUCUCAAGGGGGCCCUUGCAUAUGUCCUUACUGAAUACAUCAUGUAUCCUAGUGACACCCUGUUAGGCAGUUCUUCCUCUUUAAACUCCACAAGUACUGCAGUACUACUUCUCCCAUUCUCAGAUCCUCCCAAUCUCGUCACACUAAUGAUAUUUCCCCAUUUUAAGUUGUUUAACAACUCUUGCUCUGAGAUCUCCACUGACACAUUGUAAAUGACUCCCUUACAUCCAGCCCUGCUUUUUGGAGCAUACCCUUCAACCACUUUUCCCAUUCGGUUAUUUAUUUUCAAAGCUUUUGCUUGCAGUUCUGAGGAUUUGCAAACUAUCAUUAGUACUCCAUUAUUCAACGUGCUGGCGUGAAGAACAUCCCCUAUCUCUUUUUUUAAUGCUUUAGAUAACUUAAAGGGGCUAACUCCUCCAAAGCUACUAACCCCCCUUCAGUUUACAAAACACCUUGUAUGUUCUAUCAUCCUUCCCCUCCACUUUUCUUGCCUUCACCUGUUGGUUAUCCAUGUCACUGUCCUGCGAAUUAUAUCCUCUCACCUUCUCCCUCGCUUUCCUUUUCCUUAUGGUCUCCCACUCUUCCUCCUCCCCAGCCUCCAUUACCAGAGGUGGAAAGUAACUAAUUACAUUUACUCACGUUAUUGUAAUUGAGUAGUUUUUUUGUGUAAUUUAUAUUUUUUUCAGUAGUUUUUGAAAUCUGUAAUUUUACUUUUACUUAAGUAUAUUUUGACUCAAGUAUUGUACUUCGAUACAUUGGAGAUCACAUCCGCUACUGAGUAAAAAAAAUAAAAAAUUUCAGCAAACCAAAAAGGUGAAUCUCGGAAAUCUCACGUGGAAUUGACCCAGAACAAGCGUCCGGUGCCGGCGAGUUACUUGAGAGAGAGAUGGAGGAGGGUGGGAGUUGGUCAGAAAAAUGCGGCCCGAGCCGAGCUCUUGUGUGCUCACCUGUGUCUGUGUGUGUGUGUGUGCGCGCAUCGGGACCGAACUCCGCUGUGCGCAAUACAGAGAGCAGAGGAGGAUUGUAAAGGUGCGACCAUGUAGUGACAGAAAUGACAUGCCGUCAUGUGAACAAUAGGCUAGGCUAUAAGUCAUCACUUUAGAAGGUGAAACCUUUUACCGUAUAACACGAUAAAUAGUAUAUUGUUAUGUUAUUAGGCUGCGUCUGUCGCUCAAAAUAAUAUAACUUUAGUUUAUGAAGAGCUAAGACAAAAAAAAGAAAAAAUAAAUCAGCAGCAGCGGUCAUAUUUCAGCAGCGGAGCACCACUGCUGCUAGUUGCAUAUAGCCUAGGGGAAACAUUGUAAUGCCCAACAACAUUGCUCAAAAAGUUGCUCUGUGUAUCAUCAGUCUUAACAGUUGUGUUAGUGAGUCAUAAUGAAUGAGGGCUGCGCAACUGACAAUGCAACGAUUUUGUAUACUGCCAUAUGUAUUGCAAUAUACAGUGUAUUGCAAUGACUUGAAUAGCUCUAUUUGUAAAGAAGUCAUCAUUUGGGCUUUGG